AUGAAAGUAGUCGCAUCUUGGGAAAAAGAAAAUUUUGAUGCACGAGCUGUUGAAAUGUUUCGUUUUUGUACAAAUAUUGAGAUAGACGAAAGAGACAGACUACCAAAACAGUUCUGUUAUGAUUGCAUAAUUAAAAUAGAAUCAUCAUACACAUUUAUAAAAGAAGCACAAAAUGUGAAUGUGACUCUUAAGAACAUUGUCUCUAGAAUUGAAACUAGUGUAAUUGUUGAAUUGGAAAAUUGUGCAAGAUUAAUGCAUAUACCAUCCGAAUCAAAAAGCCAUUUAAAACUGACGCUACCGGAUUAUAAACUGUGUAGUUCUGUCCAAAAUUCCAAAGAACAAGCUAUAAUUGAAAAUUUUAAGGAAAAAUUUGAUAUACAAAGUGAUAAUGUCCAAUAUGAUAAUGCAAUAACUGAUGAUUCUUUAAAAGAACUACCAUGUAAUAGUAAUGAAGAUAUGACAAAGAAUGAUGGUGCUAAAGAAAAAGUUGAAAAUUUUGGCAUUCUUAAGAAAAAUAUCUGUCCGAUUUGUAGGAAGGGUUUUAUGUCAAAGGUGUGGUUCGCUAAACACAUGGAAAAGGAGCACUCAGGUCAGAAGUACAGAUGUGAACUCUGUGCUAAAACAUUCAGCAAACAAUCCCAAUUGAAAUACCAUGCAACUACUCACUCUGAGGAACGUAAGUUUGGCUGCUCUAUCUGCGGUAAACGCUUCAAACGACGCAAGCAGCUGACAGUGCACACACACACACACUCUGAUGAACGCCCUUUUGCAUGUGACAAAUGUCAAAUGAGAUUCAAAUUAAAGAGUGUGUUAAGGUGCCAUAUGAAGGUUCAUGACGGCCAAAAGCAAUACCUGUGUAGUUACUGUGGAUGGGCUUUUGCUCAAGGUAACGGGCAACCUAUCAGUGCACAUGCGCCGCCACACGGGCGCACGUCCGCACGCGUGCGGCGAGUGCGGGUACCGCGCGGGCGCUGCGGCCAGCGUGCGGCGACACGCGCGCCGCCACCGCGCCGAUGCCGCGCCGCUGCCGUGCGCACAUUGCUGCAAGCGUUUCCACGAUCGCAGCGCGCUGGUGAGUGUCUAGUGCAAGUGUUAGAGUGCGGUACAGCGAGGGCGCCGCGGCCAGCGUGCGGUGACAAGCGCGCCGCCACCGCGUCGACGCCGCACCGACACCGCGCCGCUGCCGUACGCUUGCUGCUGCAAGAGCUUCCACGAGCGCAGUGCGCUGGUGAGUGUCUAGUGCGAGUGUGCGAAUGCGGUACCUCGCGGGCGCCGCGGCCAGCGUGCGGCGACGCGCGCCGCCACCGCGCCGCUGCCAUACGCAUACUGCUGCAGGAACUUCCACGAGCGCAGUGCGCUGGUGAGUGUCUAGUGCAAGUGUGCAAGUGCGGUACCGUGCCGACGUCGUGGUCAGCGAGCAGCGACAUGCGCACCGCUACCGCGCCGACGCGAAGUGUCGACGCCACGGCGCGGCACACGCGCACGCACACGGGCGAGCGUCCGUACCGCUGCGGCGAGUGCUCGCUCUCGUUCGCGGACAGCUGGAAGCGCAAGGCGCACCUCAUGCGCGCGCACCGCCUCCAGCUGCAGCAGAUCCCGCGCCUGCGCCGCGACGGACGACCGCUGGACCCGCUACAUCACUCCAGCACUACCGACGCCAUCUUGACAACAUGA